GUGGAAUUUAACUCUGUCAACGCAGAUGAGAAGGAAGGCGCGACUCAGCCUGCAAAGACGACAUGUCAAAUUUGGCAGUCACGACCACGCGAUACUGUUGUUUUAUGCUUCGCUGUAGUAUCUGCAUCAAAGCAUCUAAUCUAAUCUAGACCGUCACGAGGGCAAAUUGAGCAUACCUCGUCUCACUUGAAGUCCAUUCUACAGGCAAGAAUCAAAUUGUCCGAGACGAAUCGAGCUCAUAUUACACCCCUGAUCGACCAACUAACUGAUUCCCGAUGUCUUUGGCAAUCUGGAAGACUAGCGAGUGGUAACAUCAUCAUGUGGAGCAGGCGAACUCUGACUUCAUGAUGUAAGAUAUUCACAACGUCAUGAUUCCAUCUACAUUGAUUUUGGUGACAGCCCGCUUGACACAAAGUCUCAAAGUUGAUAACUCGAGCGGGUGUUUCAGUCAGUCGCCUAUCUCCUCGCAGUUUCAGAUUCCUGGACACAUUCUCCAAGGCAAAGCGUCCGACAGCCUUUCAGACCAGUAAAAUGGCGUCACAGAAGCAGGUUUCAAGCAAAGAGAUGAUGAAGAACAAGAAUGUCGUUGGUGGCCAGUUGGCCCAAUUCUCCAGAGACCCGCCAACAGGAUACUACCGCGACGGCUAUUGCAGAAGCGGGCCUGAGGAUCAGGGCAAUCACUCGGUGGCAGCGACGGUAAAUGGUGAAUUCCUCAAGUUUACCAAUUCAAAGGGAAACAACCUGGACAAGGCCGGAGUCAAGGAUGGCAUGAAAUGGUGCUUGUGUGCUGGUCGAUGGAAGGAAGCAUUUGAUGCUGCACAGCAAGGCACCCUGCCCAAAUCAGCAGUGCCCAAGGUUCAUCUGCAUGCGUCGCAUGAAAGAGCAUUAGAAUCGGUCAAGUAUAGCGAUCUGAAGCAGUACUCUGCAGGAGGGGAGGCUCCGAAUGACACGAGGAACAGCCGACAGGCAUCACAUCAUGAUCCUCAAAGUCAGGGUGGUUUAGCCAAAGAGAGCACGGAGAUCAGCGGCUCUUCAGAGACGACAGGGGGUGGAAAGGCCAUUCUACCCAAGGACAGGUAAUCCAGACAUGAUGCCAUAGAUUAUGUGAACAAAAUACGUUGUCGUGGCAUGUCCUGGGGUGCUAUAAUAGUCCGCCGUACGGCUGAUGCCAAG